GAUCGUGACGUCAUCACCAACAUGGCGGACUGGAACAGAGGUCAUGGCUCCGUUGACGACAUGCUGGAUGUUGAAAACAAACGGCUGGCUGACAACUUGGCCACCAAAGUCUCCAGACUGAAAUCAUUGGCCUACGACAUCGACAGAGAAGCCGAGGAUCAGAACGAGUACCUGGACGGCAUGGACUCCAACUUCAUGAGUGCGACAGGACUGCUCACCGGCAGCGUGAAGCGUUUCUCCACUAUGGUCCGAUCCGGCAGAGACAACCGCCGCCUCCUCUGCUACGUUUCCCUGGGGCUGGUCCUGGUCUUCUUCCUGCUCUACUACCUGGUUUCCAGGAUCCAGCGCUGAGCCGAGAAACACACGAAACCCAUUCUGAUGUGGAAGCGAGACUGUAGUGAUUACCGAGUCAUAUCAGAUCAGGUUUCAAGAGGUUCUGUGGUCCUCGUGCAAACGAGGAGGAGACUUUUUUUACUAGGAGCUAAAUGGAAGGUGGGAGCAUCGGUGGUCAGCGGGGGGGCAUUCGCAUGAGCCUCAUCACUCAAAGGACCCUUGAGUUCUGGGAAAAGGGAGAAAUCAACAUCGUCAGAUUGAGGCGUUCCACAGGGAACGUGCUCCUGCAGGAUCUGGGCAGAGACAUGGAGGAGCCUGAACACAGGUGAAGGUGGUUGGUAUUCAUCACUGCUGAGAUCUAUAGGUGGAGGAACCUGUCACUUACAAAUCUCCCUGCCCCAAAAAAUAGGUUUCAGAACAAGUUAAAUGAUAAUACCGGAUAGACAACAUGCGUGAGAUCAUGUCUGGUAGUUCCUCAUUGCCUCUGUGAUCCGGUGAUGUAUACCGUCCUAGCCCCUAUGAAUGCUGGGAUACGCUCCACCCUCAGCAACCCGGAGCCCCAUGGAGCAGGUGGAGAAGAUCAUAGACAUAUAUACGUAGACGCCGCAUUGAGUGUUCUUGCCCGCUGCUGCGAUACGUCAACGCCGCUGCCAUAUUGAAUGUUCAAGACUGCGCUUUAAACUAAUACAAGUAAAUGGACUUAUUUUCAUAAAGCGCCUUUCUACAAAGAAAUGUACGUUUUACGUCUCAUUUAUUCAUUCACACACGCACUAAUAUACUUGGGAAACAGUUAGGCACCAAAUAUAAUAUAUUUAAUUUUCUCAGAUGGCAAAAAUAAGAACUUUAUUGAUCCCACAUAGGAGUAAUUCAUGUUACUGUAUAUUAGCUAUAGAGAACAAGGUAGUGCCGAAAAACUAUAUAUCCCCCCUCACAAAAAUAAGAAAAAUAGAGAAACAUAUUUUCUCAUCAACAAAACAUAUUUAAGAUUUUUCAAAUAACAAAAUAACAUAUUUGCACCAUUUUUCAGAGAAUAAAAUAACAUUUGAGCCAUUUUUCAGACAAUAAAAUAACAAAAAAUCUGAAAAAUGGUUCAAAUAUGUUAUUUUGUUACUUGAAAAAUGUAAAAUAUGUUCAUGUAAAAUAUGCUUUGUUGAUUGGGAAAUAUGUUUCUCUAUUUUUCUUUUUUUUGUGAGGGGGAAUUUAUUAUAUUUGGUGCCUAACUGUUUCCCAACUAUAUUAGUGCGUGUGUGAAUGAAUAAAUGAGACGUAAAACGUAAAUGUCUUUGUAGAAAGGCGCUUUAUGAAAAUAAGUCCAUUUACUUGUAUUGGUUUACAGCGCAGUCUUGAACAUCCAAUAUGGCGGCGUCGUUGACGUACGGCUCAGCGCUCUAUGGGGCAUCUACGUAUAUAUGUCUAUGUAGAAGAUGGAUAGAUGAAAGCUCCAGGACCGAUCCAUCCCAGCUACAAAUGACAUGAUCAUUUAUUUUAGUUUGUGAACAUACAAAGGUAACACGUUGACUCAUCCUACUCUCUCAGACAAUACAAAGAGGAAAUAUGGAUUAAAAAGUCCAAACUUGACUGAGUUAAACUUCUGUUUCAAGAGAGAUUUAUAUUCAGUUUAUUAUUGAAGUGGGUUUUGGUUUCAGUCUGGGGACAGGAAGUGACCCGUACUGGCUGAUGUUUGGCUCUAAAUGUUUUUUUUAUACGUGCUCCCGCCCCCCAUAACAUCCUAAGGUUUUUUUCCAUACUCCAAUGCUAUACAAUACAAACAAUCUUUGGUUGUGGCUUUAUUAUUAUUAGUCAUGUAUAUAUUUAAUUAAACAGAUAUCUGGAAGUUAAAGAGAGAUUAGACCUUCAGCUACAAGUUAUGUGACUGUUAUCUGGACCAACAAUAAAUGUUUUUAACGGCUCUUUUUUCCAGCAUUCUUUUACAUUCUGGGAAUUGUUUAAGGUACAUGGUUCGGUUGUGUUUUACAUAUUUUUAAAUCGAGAAGGCACAUAACCAUAUGACUUUAAAAAUGAUUUAUUUUGAUAAUCAAAUGAGAUUGUAUUAAAUUCAAUAAAAUCAUUGAGAAACA